CAUAGUUUUGUGAUAAGCCUGCCCCCUAGUGGUGAUCUAUAUAAUGAUGUAUUUUUUUGCAUUCAGUUCCGGUUCAGUAAAUAGGAAAUAACUGAGUUGCACCGCAAGCGAUGGUGUCGUGUUAUUAUUUAUCUGACUGCAGACACAACAGAAUUGGCGACGAGUUUUCGGACCGACAAACACGGAUGCAACAAAAAGACCUGAAUGGUCUGGAAACGGAAAGGAAUAUUCAUGAUAAGAGCGCGUGAGUUACAUUGAACAGAAAGAGAAGCCAAUUAAUGUCUCAUGUGAAACUGCAAACCAGCGAAAAUGUCAAUGAUUGGAACUAUCACCGCAUUUGAUAGUAAUGCUGAGGAUUGGGGAACUUAUGUGGAAAGGGUGGAGCUAUACUGUGAGGCCAAUGACAUUGAGAAUGAUAAGAAAGUGGCUGUUUUGCUGAGCGUGAUGGGAGCGGAAACUUAUGGACUACUUCGUAGUCUGUUAACCCCUGAAAGGCCAGCGGAUAAAUCGUUCCAGCAAGUAGUGGACAUUUUAAAUGAACAUUUGAGCCCCAAACCUUUACUAAUUGCGGAAAGAUUCAGAUUCCACAAGCGGAACCAAGCUAAAGGAGAAAGUGUUUCCGAAUACAUAGCUGAGUUACGCCGAUUGUCAGAGCAUUGUCAGUUCGGAGCUGGGCUGGCAGAUGCAUUAAGAGACAGACUUGUUUGUGGUAUGCAUAAUGAAAGUACACAAAAAAGACUGCUGACAGAAAAAGAUUUGACGCUCGAUCGUGCAUUGAACAUUGCAAUAUCCAUGGAGACUGCAGCAAAAGAUGCAUUAGAAUUGCAACAAAAAUCAAUAGAAUGUGCAACAAAUAAACUGGCACUGAAAUCGGAAAGAAAACAGAAAUGCUAUCGCUGUGGAAAAAUGUCUCAUGAUGCAAAUGACUGCUGGUUCAAGGAUAAAGAGUGUAGAAGAUGCCAUAAAAAGGGGCACAUCGAGAGAGCGAUGGACCAGGUGCUGCAGGGUAUUCCAGGAACGCAGUGUUACCUGGACGAUAUCAUUGUAACAGGGAAGGACGAUGCAGAUCACCUCCAAAACUUACAACGUGUGCUGACUCGACUGUGUGAGUAUGGACUAAGAGCUAACAAAGAGAAAUGUGAGUUCUUCAAGUCUCGGAUUUCUUAUUGUGGUCAUGUGAUAGACAAAGAUGGUCUACACAAGUCACAGGACAAAAUCGAAGCUGUGUUAAAUGCACCACACCCACAGAAUGUGUCUCAACUCCGAUCAUAUCUCGGACUUGUGAACUAUUAUCACAAAUUUCUUCCAAACCUCUCGACCGUGCUACACCCAUUGAAUACACUGUUGCAAACAAGAACACAGUGGAAAUGGUCAGACAGUUGCGAACAAGCUUUUCAGAAGACCAAGUUGCUCAUAACUUCUGAUAUAGUGCUGACUCAUUUCGAUCCAUCCAUACCCAUCAGGCUGGCAUGUGACGCAUCGCCGUAUGGAAUUGGCGCUGUGCUGUCACACAAGUUUCCAGAAGGCACAGAAAAACCGAUAGCCUUUGCAUCGAGAUCACUAACGGCAGCAGAACGUAACUACGCACAAAUAGACAGAGAAGCACUUAGCCUUGUGUGGGGUGUAAAAAAGUUCCACCAUUACCUGUAUGGUCAAAGAUUCACCCUGAUCACGGACCAUCAGCCCUUGGUCUCGAUCUUUAAUGUGCGGAGGGGUGUCUCAGCGAUGGCCUCAGCUAGGCUGCAGCGUUGGUCACUCUUCUUGGGUGCUCACCAAUAUGAUAUUGAGUACAAAGGCACCAAACUACAUGGUAACGCGGAUGGCUUGUCACGUCUGCCUCUGAAGUCAACAGACGAGUCACAUAGUGUGGAUCCAGCUGACGUGUUUCACACCACAAUUGUGAGUCAGUUACCUGUAACAAAUGCCACUAUUCAGAAAGAAACCCGUAAUGACCCCACAUUGUCCAAAGUCUAUGACAUCACAGUUCUCGGGUGGCCAGCACACGGCAACUCACUGUAUCCAGCAUUCUCAGCGAGAAGAGAACAGCUUUCUGUGUGUCAAGGAACGCUGAUGUGUGGAUUAAGAGUUGUCGUUCCCUCCAAAUUGCGUAGUAAGAUGUUGGACACGUUACAUGAAGGGCAUUUGGGCACAGUAAAAAUGAAGAAUCUUGCACGUAGUUAUAUGUGGUGGCCGGGAAUCGACAAGCAGAUUGAGGAUCUGGCAAAGGCUUGUCCUGGAUGUCAACGGACCCAGAACUCUCCACCAUUAGCUCCUUUGCAUCCCUGGGAAUGGCCGUCAACACCAUGGCAACGAGUGCACGUUGACUUUGCUGGACCAUUUAGGGACUCCAUGUUCUUGAUCGCCGUGGACGCACAUUCUAAAUGGCCUGAAGUUGUUCCGAUGAAGACAACCACAUCUGAAAACACUGUUUCGGUAUUGAGAACAAUAUUCUCCAGGAAUGGGUUGCCAGAGCAGAUAUGCACAGAUAAUGGACGACAGUUCGUCUCAGACGAGUUUCGGAAAUUCAUGAAGCUGAAUGGAGUCAAACACAUCACUUCUGCGCCAUACCAUCCUGCCACUAAUGGCUUGGCGGAAAGGUUUGUGCAGACUUUCAAGAAAGCAAUAAAAGCAAUGGACAAUGACAGCAUUUCGCUACAACACAAAAUAGACAACUUUCUUUUCAUGUACAGGAAUGCAGCACACGCCACGACAGGCCAAACACCAGCGAUGAUGUUCCUUAAAAGAAACUUAAGAUCUCGCUUGGAUCUCAUCAGACCAAAUGUUCGACGUGACGUGGAAAAUAAACAAUUUGAGCAGAUAAAGGACAGACCUACAAGAAAUUUCCGAGUUGGACAAGAGGUCUUAGCACGCGACUACAGACUGGAAAAGUGGCAACCAGGUACUAUCACCACCAGAACGGGACCCUUGACGUACACAGUGAAGGUUGGAGAAAAUACUUGGAGACGCCAUGUAGAUCAGUUGGUGGAUCGCCAGACAAAAUCCUCACCUUUACCUGCCCCUGAUUCGCAUGCCAAGGACAACAAUGCUGUCGACACUGCCCCGCCUACAUCAGUUAACGUGAAUGAAUCUGAGUCGCAUGAAGAUGAACCAGAUGUCACAAUGCCGGUUGCGCCUGCACCUGCACCUGAAUCUCACCUAGGCUUACAGAGACGUUAUCCUGAGAGAUGUAGAAAACCUCCUCAAAGGCUUGAUUUGUAGCUAUGUUAAAUUAGAAACAUUUUGUUAGAGUACCUGUUGAUGUAAUGCAGUACGUUUUGGUUUUGUGUUUCAUGUUUCUCAGUAUAAUUAAUCUAGUGGGGGAGGAAAGUGUAAUGUAUGUACUAUAUAACGCGAGUCAUAGUUUUGUGAUAAGCCUGCCCCCUAGUGGUGAUCUAUAUAAUGAUGUAUUUUUUUGCAUUCAGUUCCGGUUCAGUAAAUAGGAAAUAACUGAGUUGCACCGCAAGCGAUGGUGUCGUGUUAUUAUUUAUCUGACUGCAGACACAA